AUGACUGAAAACGGUCAAUCGUCCGGUCGCUUUGCACCCAAGGUGCCUGUUCAGCUGGAUCCUCCCAAGGAUGACCCGAUUACCGCAGAGGAAUUAGCCAAGUGUGAUGGUACUGAUCCCAGCCGUCCAACUUUGGUUGCGAUCAAGGGGAUUGUCUUCGAUGUUAGCCGAAACGCUGCGUAUGGGGCUGAGGGGCAGUAUCGCGUGUUCGCUGGAAAAGAUGCCUCGCGGGCUCUUGCCUGUUCAUCCCUAAAACCCGAAGACUGCAGACCCGAUUGGCAUGAUCUUGCAGACAAGGAAAAGAAGGUCCUCGAGGAAUGGUAUACGUUCUUUAGUAAGAGAUAUAACAUUGUGGGUAAGGUGAAGGAGGCUACAAACUACUGA